AUGUCUGUUACAGACAAUGGCAAUAAAUUAAUGGAUGAAAAUGAUGAAUCAAAUGUUAAUACAAUUUGUAACAAGACUCAGGAUAAAGAGAAUGAGAUGAUCAUUCAAUCAUGUUCCGAGUCUAUAGACAUAACAAAUGUUCAAGAUACAAAUAAGCAUUUUUUACAUAAAAUAAAAAGCUUAGAAGAAGAAAACGACCGUUUGUUGUCAAUAAUUGAAAACAAAAAUAUUAUAAAAAAGGAUAGUUUAAAAUGUAAUUGUAAUACCAUGCCGGAUUUUGCAAAUAAAAAAAUAUUACAGUUAACAGAUAGGGUACAUGAGCUUAUGUCAGAAUUACAAAUAAUCAAAUCAUCAGCAUCUGAUGACUAUGCAAAAAACAAAGAUUUUACAGAAAUAAAACAGUUGACUGAUAAAUAUAAUUUGUCAAAUAAAAAGAUUUGCAAAUACCGUAACCAGAUAAUGCAAUUGAAAAAUGAUUUGAAAAUUACUCAAAAUGCGUUAUCAAAUGAAAUUGGAGAUCCAGCAAUGAUGCAAACAGUUUUAUUGGGCACAGGAAAGUCAAAUUACAUAGGACGUGCGCAAAAAAUAUUGGUAUUGCAGCAAAGAGUAAACGAACUGCAAGCAAAACAAAGUGAUUCAAAAAGAAAAGAACUACAUAAUUCAACAGUUAACACCAGAAAAAUGGAGAAAGCAUGUAAAGCAAUUAAUGAUCAAACCUUAAAGGAUACUCAAUUAAAGGUUAGCAAAUUGUCAAAAUCAGAGGAAAUUUGGAAAAGACGUAGUAAGGCAUUGGAUGUAGAAAUGACUGCUUUAAGAGUGCAAAUACAAAAAUUAUUAUCAAAAUCUGAAUUUGAUAACCAACUUAUUGAUCAAUUAAAAGCUGAGUUAAGUAAUAAUAAUAAGCAACGGUUUAAAACAAAAGACUCUGUAGCAAAACUAGAAGAAUCAAUUACAUUACUUCAGUCAAAAAACGAAAAAGCAGUAAAAAUAAUUGAACAACAAACAUCUGAUUUGAAUGAUAGAGAUUUGAGAAUAUCUCAUUUAGAAUCUAAAAUACUAAACAUUAAUGAAACAAUUCAGGAUCGUAAUAUGUGUUCAAUAGAUUUUACUGAUCCUAAAGAAAUUUUUAUUAAGAAAUUGAAUGGAUUUGAAAACCAACAACUAGUGGACCUAUUAAGCAUUGCUCACAAUAAAAUUUGUGAACAUGUUCUAGUUGCUAUUGAUUUUAAAAAUAAAUACUUAAUGGAAAAACAAAAGUUACAAAAAUUUGAAUCAAAGAUGGGAUGCUUAAGUUCAUCAUUCAAGCAAAGAUCAAAUAGUAUUUCAUACCAUUUGAAACAUGAAUUAAAUCCAAAUGAAAAACUAAUAGAAUUACAAAAUAAACUGGAACUGGUUGAAGAAGAGCGAGCUGCUUUUAAAGAAAGAUUGGAUACUCUUAUAAUGUUGAAUAAAGAAAAUGUAAAUACGUUUACCCGAUCAUUAAACAAUAUGAAACAACAGUUAAUACAGUAAAUAAAAUAUUGAACUGAAUCA